AUAAACACAAACGACGUAACAAAUUCACCAUUUCCCAUGUUUGAACGUAUCCUCCUAUAAAAUAGUAGCUAUUUUAAGCUAAAAAUCAGAGGUUAGUUGAAUUAAAGAAACAUCAUGUCCGAAUCUAACUUUGAAUCCUACCCUCCAUUGUUUCGCCCAGUAAACAUCCCAAGUUUGGACAGAGAUAGACCAGAGACACUGUCAAAGUUAGCAGUGGACGCUGCUAAUAUCCCUGUGAUUGACUUACAAUGCACAACAAGCUGUAUGAGUGAAGCGUGUAGAAAUUGGGGAUUAUUUCGUAUGGUGAAUCAUGGUAUUCCAAUUACGCUAUUGAACCAAAUUGAAGAACAUGCUAUAAAGCUCUUCUCUCUGCCCUAUGAAACUAAAAUAGCCUUCUUCUCAAGUAACAAUAAUAAUACUCCUAUAUCCUACUUUUGGGGUACUCCUGCUCUAACUCCUUCUGGAUCUGCUAUACCACAAAAACCAAAUAAUCAGCAGAGCCUACAAUGGAUGGAAGGAUUCAAUGUUUCUUUAUCUCAAUUAUCACAUCUUCAUUAUCAAGAUUUAUUGCUCGAAACUUUCAGAUGCUUGCUAGAAGAAUAUGGGAAACACCAGGGUAGGCUGGCUACGUCAAUAUUCAAGGUUUUGGCAUCAGACCUGAACCUGGGACCAUUACAGACUCAGUCUCAUCUCUCAGUAGCCACUGGUUUACUGAGGGUGUAUCGUUACCCUCGUUGCCACGAGCCAGAAGGAGCGUGGGGGAUUGACGUGCACACAGAUAGCUCAGUCCUCUCCAUUAUUCACCAAGAUGAAGUUGGAGGCCUUCAAGUUUACAGCAAAGAUCAUCAAUGGCUUGACGUCAAUCCUCAUCCCAAUACACUUAUUGUCAAUAUUGGUGACAUGUUGCAGGCAAUGAGUGAUGACAAGUAUAUGAGCGUGAAGCAUAGAGUGAAGGUGAACAAACACAAAGAGAGAAUAUCAAUAGGUUAUUUUGUAUUCCCUGCCGAAGAUGCUAUCAUUCAUAGCACAAACUACAAGCCUUUUACCUACGCCGAUUUUCGAGCACAAGUUCAACAUGAUUUGAAGACAGUAGGUAUCAAGACUGGUCUCCAGAAAUUCAAGUUUACUACUCAAUUCUCCUAACUGUGUACCUUAGUUUUAAUUGGGGGAAAAUGGUGCACAAAUAAUUAGUUCCUGCUGUAUCCUUAGCUGACUGUAAGUUGUAUAAACUAGUACUAUUCGGAAGCGGCUCCCCUCCAUUGCAGUAUCCCUCCAGUUUAUCAAGUGCACCUUUAAUCUUAUCACACCUGUCAACUAUUAGAUCUAAGGGUCAAUACUUGUUUAACUAAAACACCCCCUUAUACCAUGGUUCAAUGAAAAAAAGGAUCAAUCUUCUACUUUUGUAGUCAGCGAUACAACAAUUUGAAAGAGCUUCGGUUUUGUGAGGGGAGAAGUUACAGAUUAUUGGAGACAUGAACCAUAGAAAAAUAUAAUAAUAUCAUGAAAAUGAGUUUUUUGAUUGUUGCUGGGCAGUAGUAAAGUAGUAAAUCUCCAGGAGGAGCAACACGAUUUUAGCCUAGAUAUUAUGUGCCAAAUAGGGAAAGAAUAAAACAUACAAUUAGUGGGACUUAACCAUGGUAUAAUUAAGGGAGUGUUUCAGUUAAACAAAUAUUGACCCUUAGAUCUAAUAGUUGACAGGUGUAAUAAAAUUAAAGGCGCACUUGAUAAACUGGAGGGAUAAUGCAAUGGAGGGGAGCCGCUUCCGUAAUAUUCAGGGUUUUUUCUUGGUUAUAAUUUUUCCAAUGUCCUUUCCUAUUUGAGAAGAAAUGGUAAUUGUAGAUUACUCUCUUUAAUUUCAUUUUCGUUGUAGGACCUAGGUGCUAUAAGAAUUUCGAAGUCUAA